GCUGCUCCCCCUCCUUCUCCCACCUCCUCUGCUCCAAGCUCGGCCCCUCUCGCCUUGCUCCAGCUGGAGCCACAGGUUUAUCUGGAGGCGAGGCAUCUCUGCUCCGUAAGCUGAGACCCGGGAGGAGGAGGAGGGAUCUGCUGGACCCUGGAGGAGAAAGGGUUUGGCCGGCCUGGAGGAAGGGAGAGAGGCAGAGCCUGGGCACCAUGGCUGGAUUCUCUGCCCUUGGGCUCCUCUCCCUGUGUCAGCUCUUGGCCACAGCAUCAGCUCAGUCCCUUCAGAGAAUUGGACCACAAGGCCCUCCUGGACCACAAGGACCCCCUGGACCAUCUGGCAAGGACGGCAUUGAUGGAGAGCCAGGCCCUCCUGGUUUGCCAGGUCCACCAGGGCCAAAAGGUGCACCAGGGAAGCCUGGAGCUGCAGGUGAAGCUGGGCUGCCUGGCCUUCCUGGAGUGGAUGGUUUAAUAGGAACUGAUGGCCCACCUGGCCCAAAUGGGCCUCCAGGAGACCGUGGUGCCUUAGGACCUGCUGGGCCACCUGGACCAGCUGGAAAAGGACUGCCAGGACCUCCAGGACCCCCAGGACCCAGUGGGCGCCCAGGUGGACAUGGAUUUCGGGGUCCUUCUGGACCUUUUGGUCUGCCAGGAUUCCCAGGGCCUCCUGGACCACCUGGGCCUCCCGGUCUUCCAGGCGCCCUUCCCGAUGGCGGCGGGGACCUUCAGUGCCCAGCUCUGUGCCCACCAGGCCCCCCAGGCCCCCCAGGAAUGCCAGGCUUCAAGGGACACGCUGGUCACAAAGGGGAGCCUGGUGAAGUAGGAAAACAAGGAGAGAAGGGUAACCCUGGCCCUCCCGGCCCUCCAGGAAUUCCGGGCGGUGUCGGCCUGCAGGGCCCAAGAGGACUAAGAGGCCUCCCUGGUCCAAUGGGUCCAGCUGGCGACAGAGGUGACAUUGGAUUCAGAGGCCCACCUGGAAUCCCAGGACCUCCAGGGAAAGCUGGAGACCAAGGGAGCAAAGGACCUCAGGGAUUCCGGGGGCCCAAAGGCGACACUGGUAAACCUGGACCAAAAGGAAACCCAGGGGCUCGUGGACUCAUAGGAGAACCUGGAAUGCCUGGCAAGGACGGGCGGGAUGGAGCUCCUGGACUCGAUGGUGAGAAGGGUGAUGCGGCUCCCAUGGGUGCUCCUGGAGAGAAGGGGCCAAAUGGACUUCCUGGACUGCCUGGAAGAGCGGGUAUUAAAGGUUCAAAGGGUGAACCAGGCAGCCCUGGAGAGAUGGGAGAGGCAGGUCCCUCUGGAGAGCCAGGCAUCCCUGGUGAUGUUGGCAUUCCUGGUGAGAGAGGUCUGCCAGGACCCAGAGGAGCAACUGGACCACUCGGCCUCCAAGGCCCCAUAGGAGCCCGUGGUGUCCGAGGUUUCCAGGGGCCCAAAGGUGCCAGUGGUGAGCCUGGCCUUCCUGGCCCGACUGGGAUCCGUGGAGAGACAGGUGACAGGGGUCCUCUUGGUGUUCCUGGUCCCAAGGGGAACCAGGGCAUUGCUGGAGCAGACGGCCUUCCAGGUGACAAAGGAGAGCUGGGUCCCUUUGGUCCCCCUGGCCAAAAAGGAGAGCCAGGAAAAAGAGGAGAACUUGGUCCAAAAGGUGUCCAAGGACCUAAUGGGACAGCUGGAGCACCAGGGAUCCCAGGACAUCCAGGACCCAUGGGUCACCAAGGGGAGAGGGGUGUUCCUGGCAUCACGGGAAAACCUGGACCUCCUGGCAAAGAGGCCAGUGAACAACACAUCAGAGAACUCUGUGGGGAAAUGAUAAACGAGCAAAUUGCACAGUUGGCUGCUAACCUGAGGAAGCCCUUGGCUCCUGGAAUGACGGGACGGCCUGGCCCAGCUGGGCCCCCAGGUCCUCCUGGAACCACGGGAAGUGUUGGGCAUCCUGGUCCUCGUGGGCCCCCUGGAUACAGAGGGCCAACAGGAGAGCUCGGUGAUCCUGGACCCAGAGGUGACACUGGUGAAAAUGGAGAUAAAGGACCUGUUGGCCAAGGUAUCGAUGGGCCUGAUGGUGAUCAAGGACUUCAGGGACCACCUGGUGUGCCUGGAAUUACUAAAAACGGCCGUGAUGGUGCUCAGGGUGAACCCGGGCUGCCAGGGGAUCCUGGGACUCCUGGGACUAUUGGGGCUCAGGGAACUCCAGGAAUAUGUGACACGUCGGCUUGCAUGGGAGCUGUUGCAGCAUCAACUUCCAAAAAAUCAUAAACCAACAGUACAAGAAGUGAAGAAGUGACUGAAUAUUUAAAUAAACAGUGCAUUGUAAGAAAACAGAAUCCUUCUAGUGCUAAAAGGACAGAUGCUCCUUCUAUUCUAUUAAGUGGAGACUUUGACACAGUUCUAUGAAAAAGAAAGCAUCAGAUGAAAACUUUAAUUAAAAGAUGCUUUAUGACUAUCUUUUCCUCCCCCCAAUUAUUUUCCAGAAUUUUUACUGCUAAACAACCUCACCUUUCCUUCUUCCCUUUGCUCAAGAGACCUGCAGGAGGAAGCAUUGCUCCUUUUUACCAUCACCCCCCCGUGUACUAAAGAUCACGACUUUUUGCUAAGAAAGUUUGAGCCUUUUCCAUUGAAUUCCUUGGUGCUGCUCCCACUGACUUCAGUCCUGCAGGUUUGUGCACUCAGACACGUUGUUAAGGCACUCAGGCACCGAGCUGCCUCUUCCAUCAGUGGAAAUCAGGCAUUUCAAUAUCCUGUAUUUUAACCUUCUGGCCUAAGCAAUGACCAUUGCUUAAAUCUGGUCUGCAAGUUAGAAACUUUCAGAUUGCACCUCAAAUAUUUGCCAAGACUAGUAAACAAUAAUCCUCUUGCAAGAAAAUUCUGCAAAAGGAGUAAUGUAAAUAUUUUAAUUUCCAGGGAAGAAUUUUUGUAUAUUUCCAUAUGAUAACAAAGGAAAUGAAGUAACAGCAUUUUCAUGACCUCUACUUCAGCUAUUUGCACAGUAAUUGUGAUGGAACCCCACCUAAGAAAGGAUGCUCUUUUAAAGUCCAGCCAAAACCACCUGUACGAACUGUUGUAAAAAUAAAAGGAGAUUUUUUUUAACCUUU